AUGAUAUGGGAAAAAGUGUUUGCGAGUAUAGGGAUCCUGACAGUCGUCUGUAUCCUCCUAAACCUCCUUUCUGUGACAUACAAGUUCCUCCGCCCCUCACGCCUCCACAAGUUCCUACAUGACGGCGAACAGACAUACGCCUUUAUCACUGGGGCUACCGAUGGAGUUGGCCGGUCCAUGGCCUAUGAACUAGCAAAGAAUGGUUUCAACCUCGUCCUCCACGGUCGAAACAACGAGAAGCUACAGUCGAUUACGGAGGACUUACACAAACAGUACCCAGACAUCCAAACCCGUCAAUAUAUGUGCGAUGCGUCGAAGGAUUUGCUAGAACCCUCAAGGAUGUCUGCUCUGUAUAAGGCAGUGGAGGGUAUUCACCUUUCGAUUCUAAUCAAUAAUGUUGGGGGGAUGGGCUGCCUUCCACCUUCUUGUCUGUUCCAGGCCUACGAGUCAUACACAGGAGAACAAAUUGACACUGUACUCAACGUUAAUCUACGCUUUAUGGCACAGCUCACACGCAUCCUUAUACCACUAUUAGACCACACUGCGUCCAAAACAACCGCAGGAAAGAAACGGCAACCUUCGCUGAUUGUGAACGUGGCAUCCGUUGGAGCCCGUGGAUCUCCUUAUCUCACUGUGUACGCUGGAGCGAAAGCGUUUGUUGCAUCUUUCUCUAACUCGUUAAGCAUGGAGAUGCAAAUGGAUGGGAAAGACAUUAAUGUCCAAGCCUUGAUUGUUGGCGAGACCAGGAGUGGCUCAUACAAUGUUAAGGAAGGGAUGAUGGUCCCCCAUUCUAACUCCCUCGCCCGAUCCGCAUUGAAGAUGGUUGGUUCGGACAGGGAGACAUUUGUUUCAGGCUGUUUGCCACACUGGAUAGCGAAAAUAAGUGUUCAGAUCAUGCCCGUGUAUGUGUCGAAUAUGCUCUUUAUGAGCACUAUCAAAAAGCUCAAGGCGGACCAUGAGAAGCGAAUAGCCUCCAUUACAGGCUAA